CAGUGGAACACAGGCAGACAGCUUGAAGAACGAACACAAUGAGAUCGAGCAUACUACACAUUCUUCUAUACAUUGGGAUAGUUUUAGCUCAAAGAGAUAUUGUGGUAAACCAGCGAGCGAGACAAAGACGACCUAUAAUUAAUCAGGUGGCAUCUGAAGUCUCUAGUAACGAGGAUAAAAAUAGAAUCAGUAGUGAUGUUACUCAAAGAGACAGAUCAUUCGACGAAACUCCGUAUUUCGAAAGAGGAGUGUCGGAACGUCAUACCUCUUCUUCAGAACGAGUCGAAGCUCCGUAUUUGGAGCGCGGUGGUUCCGCCCGACGACGAAUAAAUAUAAAUGAAAUUCGUCGGGAAAAUUCGGCCGACGAAUAUUCGGAAUCAAUCAGUGAGGAUUCAAAUAUUCGACAAGUGCCCGAUAUGUCGGAUCAAGUUCAAGUUCAACGACGAACAGUUGUUCGACAAAGAUAUUCAGAUUUGUCGACAAGAAUUCGAACUGCUGAGGUCGACCAGACAAACUCGAGGUCGACCGAGGUCAGUCCGGAGGUAAAGUUCGAGGCUAGCCCUCGUUCAAGGUCGAGGUCAAGAUUAAGAUCUCGAGUAUCCGCCUCGGAGCCGAGUGUUUCGGCGGAGACUAGGGCGGAGGAACCAGAUACAUUCAGACAGAGAGGGCGAUCAAGGCUAGUUGUUCAGCCUACAGCCAGGUCAGAAGAAGAGCCAAGAUCUAACCCGAGGUCGCUGGAGGUCACGGAUAAUACGAGGUCAUCUUCAUUGGGUGCUAGAGGGCGGGAAUACUCAAGGAAUAGUAUAAGAGCAGAAAGUUCUGUUAGGGGUUCAAGCUCAACCAAAUCCGAAAACAGAAGGGUUGAAAUAGACACAAAAAAUAAUGAAAAACAGGUGUUCCGAGUCAAAUUUCCAAAGAAAAAUCUAAUUCCAGGUGUUCCAAGAAUUAAGAUUAAAGAAUAUCAGAGGAUUUUUAUUGACAAAACUGGUUCUUUUGUACGUCGUCAGUAUACGUACUGUAAAGCAAAGAAGCCAAUUGAAGAAGAUGAAAUAGAGCCUAAUGAGCAUCUCUAUGAGUAUGAAGAUACAAAUAUUCAGUCUUCAAAACCAGAGAAAGACGACUUUAUCCUUGUUACUCAUCAGGUUGCAGCCAAAACUAUCUUCACAGUAUUGGAUGGAUUAGAGACCAAAUCCUUAUUCAUUGAUACAUAUACAACUAGUCUACAGACUGUGAGUAUUAGGUCGUUGCAAUCCACAAACAUAGAAGACAGUACAGUUAUAUUUGCUAACGUACAUACAUCUUUCGGAUAUGGUGUACAGGAACACGGAAAAUACACUCGAGUAUUCAACUAUAUACAAUGUACAGACUGUUACCGUCAGGCCAGUCUGACUCCGGAUAUUUCUAAUAUUGGAUCUCUUCUUCAAAAUGUGCUUCUAGGUAUCCUUGGGAACAAUCUUCUCCCUGGACUAGGUGGACUAGGUGGAUCCCAGAAUGGACUUGUUGGACCUCAAAUACCUGGACCUCCACACACUAAACUCAUCACGCACACCAGGGACUAA